CGGUAACAACCUCUUUGACCCGAACCCCCAUCGACCGGCGCUUUUUAGUUUUCAUAACCCGGCCACCACUUGUCCCCCGCCAUGCCAGAUAUCGACUGCUAACACGUUGCGCUGCCGCACGCAGUCCUGUAGGGCGUCUCUUCGCUGCCCAUCGCGUCCAGACUCUCUGUCCUACAACCACACCCAGCACCGAUUGCAAUCGCCUCACCCGUAAAAACCUCCCGCAAUGUCUCCUCGCCCUAUCCUCAAACCCUCCGCGUCCUGCGUCACCGCCGCCGCCCGGGGCGUCCACUUCCCGCCCUCCCCGCGGCUCACGCGCACCUUCUCCGCUCUGCCAUCCUGCGACUACGACCGCUCGCCGAUCGUUGUAUGCCCCAACACGUGUGCUCUCCCCGAGCGCGGUGGGCGCACCUACACGGAUGACGAGCCCGCGCCGUGCUCCCCCACCCGCCGCUCCCGAUCGUCGCGGGAACGACUGGACUCCGGGGAAGUGCACCCCCGAGCGCUGGCCCCGGCGAGCGCGGCCCCGGCGUCCCCCGCCUGCCCAUCCUAUCCCUCGCUCCCCCCUCUCGUCCCCGACUUCUCCUCCGAGUCCGACGAGAGCGACGGCUUCAUGAGCCCCCCUCCAGAGUCCCAGCCGCAGCCGGUGGGCGUGUAUAGCGCGUCUACGUCCACCAUCGACCUCCUGCCCUCAGCACUCGCAUUCCUCCCACACGCUCCCAAGCACGCUGUCGAGCACACCGAGCCGCAGCCGAUCCCAGCACGUCCGUCGCGCCCGCGCCGCGUUCGUCGGGAAUCGCCGCAAGCGCGCCCAAUGCGCCGCAGUAGCAUGUAUGGCGAAGAGGAGGAAGAUGGCGAGUACGACGACGAUAACGAGACUGUGGUCUCCUACUCACCGUCACAACGCCGCGCGGUGCCUCGCAGGAAAAAGUCGAAUCGGUCGUCAGAAGCGCUCUGUAGCUCCAUGUCGAGCUUCAGUAUAUCACCGACCGAGGACUGCCUUGGAGGCUUCUAGGCGGAGACGAGAUGGUGGCUGGCCUGGCACGCUAGACGCUAGACAAAAGUAUAGAGGAAGGCCGUACCCGGAGAGGAGACCGUCCCGCUGUGGAGGAUCCAUCUACGCCCUCGCCCCCCACCAUCAUCGCACCCGCCCUGCACUGCAAUCUGUUCUGCAAUCUGGCUACGUACCCAACAUCAAAGAUACUCUAAUAUUCUACCGUCGUCGCAUGUGCUAAAGACUCUGCCAGCCGGUGUUCUUGCAAUGCCGGCUUGCUGUCCGCUAUCCGCAUGCUUGCUACACCACUUUGACUCUGCUUUUUACCUAUGCUGCACGUCUCUAUCCCACCGCAUACGCAUAGGAUACCUGGUUACCGCUGUCGCCUGGCCCUGCGAUGUCGGUAUUCAUAUUUAUUCUUCUUCGUUCACGGGUGUGCGUCCGUGCGUCGUACUUACCGCUACACGUCGUACUCACACCCGUCGUACCGUUGCGCCUGUACUUCGUCACGACCUCGCCAAUGAUGACCUCGCUACGCUUGACGACUGCUUUCCUUUCGCUCUUACUCUUAGCCUUAUGUGCCGGCUCUGUUGCUUGCGUACAUACCCUCUCUAGUAACAGAGAAUAGGUUCGUAAUGGAUCCGUCAUUCUGUAACUAGAGGAAGCCCCCGCUUCGCCGGAUGCAUACCUUGCUUGCA